UUACUCAUAUGAUUGAAUUGAAGACGGUUUCUGGUUUUUUCAUAACUAAUUUCGAAAUAGUAGGAUAUUGUUACAUUUCACUAGUUUUAACAGUUCUGGGGAUGGUAGGAAAUAUUCUAAUGUACCUGAGCUUCAACAAUUCAAGGAAGAAAAGUGGUGGGAAAAAACAAAAUAUUGAAUCUAGUCAAAUAACUACUUUGACUCAUAGUAUAUAUAAUAUUAAAAAAACAGUCAUUGAGGAUAUCGAAAAGGGUGAAAUAAAGAAGGACUUUUGUAAAAAAGAUAAAGAAGGUAUGAAGAUUGAAGAAAGAUUUUUAUCGCCUAGAAGAAAUCAAAAAUCCAAUGCUAACAAAUUAGAAUCAUGUAAAAAAAUGCACUCUAUCAAUUUGAAUAUUUCGCAUGUAGUAUCCAAGAUUCAUUCUAUUGCCCGGAAGAUAGUUAGCAGAAACAAAGGUCUGGCCACCGUCACCACUUUUUACGCCGAGUGUCUGUCUGUUAAUAAUUUUAUAUUUUGUUUGACGCUCACCCCAUGGCCUUUGUUAUAUUAUUGGGGAACCUAUAAUCAAUCUCUGUUUUGGAGAUCCAAAUAUUAUAAUUUAUUCAUGAGUAACAUAGAGUUCCCUCUAAGAAAUAUUUGUUCAAAAAUAUCAACAGGAAUAACAUUAGCCAUGACAGUGGACAGAUUCAUAGCUCUGAAGAUGCCUUUAAGAUAUAAAUCGCUAUCUACACUGAAGAAUAGCAAAAUAGGUAUGAUAAUCAUAACUCUAGCUUCGGUUAUGAUAGAAAGUAGAACAACAAAUUGGUUCCGCACGGUUUAUGUCCAUUUCAUCGUCAUGAAGAAUUACUUGUACUACAACCCAUUGUCGGAUAAAUAUAUCGAACGUUGGCUUUCUCUAAAUAAUUCUAAUAUUUCAAAUAUUCAACCUAAUUUAAUUCAGAGUAAUUCUUCGAUUCUACUAAAAUCAAGUAUCCAAUAUAUCAAUGUUUACAGUGGGUACUUCUUGGAACCUGUUACCCAGACCAAAUUACUUCAUAUACUCGAAAUCAUAUGCGAGAUACUAGCCGUGGGAGUUCCAAUGCUAAUCAUAGCCGUAUUGAGUUAUUUCAUAAUCGUUGCUCUCAGAUCCUAUUUUAAGAACAGGAAAAAGAUGAAAGAAUUGUUUCAUAACAAUAAAAAUAUCAAUAUAAACAAUAGUAAUGUCAGAGAUGAUAAUACUUCUAAAAUUAACGGUAAUAGAACAAACCUUAAAUUGAGCGCCGAGGAAUCGAAGGCAACCAUGACUCAAAUAACUAUAGUCAUUCAAUUUUUCAUUUGUGAAAUACCUCAGGCGAUAACAUCUACAUUUUACUAUAAUUUUAUGUGCGAAUCGCUGAACGAUUUGAAUUGCAACUUUAGGAAUUAUUUAGUGUUAACUAACAUUCUAAUGCUGGCUAACCAUUGCCUCACUUUCUACAUUUUUAUGAUAUUCAACGAUAACUUCAGGAAACUCGUGAAAAAUAUCUUUUUGCCUAGUUAAUAUUGCAAACUAUUGUUAAAUGCGCUAAAAUAUUAUGAAUAAUUUUAAGUUGUAGUCAUUUUGAAGACUUAAU